UGUUGCCACAAUCAUUAGUUACCAUGUACCUAACUUGCCCAAGUGACAGUUCAGCGACUUACCUGCUUUCUUUUCUUGCCCUGUCAGGAUAUAUACAUUUCUUUGCACAAGCAGGUGACGUCUGCUCCUGUCAAACAUACGGUGGAUGCAACGCGUGUCUUUCUCCGGAUGCCUGCACAAUAAUAAACGUGGCACUGGGCAAGCCGACCAACAUCAGUUCCCUCUACAGCAAUGGUGGAUAUAAUCAGGUGUCAGGUCCGCCUUGUCUGGCGGUGAACGGGAACACUGGAAGCACUUUCAAGCCUAUUAACACAAACUCCGACAGUCCUGCCUGUGUCCACACUGCUGACGGUGACCUCUUCCCUUUUUGGGAGGUGGACUUGGGUCAGCAGCACGUCAUCACCAAUGUUACUGUAUACGGACGAGAUGAAAUCGACAGAAACAUGUUGAGGAAUGCCAAAGUAACUGUGGACAAUAAACUGUGUUACACCUUUGCACCGGACUACCAUCGCCCCAUCGCUACUGAAAUCACCUGUAAUCCACCUCUCGUUGGUCGCAAAGUGAGAAUUCAAAAAGACAAUGACACGUCACUUCCUUUCCUUGCUUUAUGUCAAGUUCAAGUAUGGGUGUGUAACAAUAAUUACUAUGGCUUUGACUGUACAAACACCUGCGGAAAUUGUUCAGGCGGCACGUGUCAGCCAUGGUCAGGAGAAUGUCCCCGGGGCUGCAGUGCCGGGUAUCAAACGCCAGGGUGUGAGGCAGGGUAUCAACCACCUUUGUGUAAAGAAUUUUGCACCAACGAUUCAUAUGGACUGAACUGCAGUAACACGUGCGGCAACUGCUCAGAAGGAACGUCGUGCAACCCUGUAUCAGGAGAAUGUCCGCUUGGGUGUAACCCUGGAUACCAAGGAACACACUGUAAUGACAGUGAGUUAAUUAUUUGGUAAAUGGACUCAUACAAA